UGGAGGAGAAGGAGGAGACGAGAGUGGUGAAAAAAUAAAAAUAAAAAAAAUCGUAAUUGCAACUGGAGUGACAACUUUCUCGACAAUGAAGAAAGCGAUGUUGACAGAUGGAGAAGACGAGGGCGAUGGAGAGGAGGACGAGGAGGAAGAGGGUGAUGGGGGGGAGGACAAGAAACAGGGCGACGAAGGGGAGGAGGAGGAAGAUGGCGAUGUGGAGGAUGAGGAGGAGGAAGACGACGAUGGGGAGGAGGAGGAGGAAGAGGGCGAUGGGAAGGAGGACGACGAGAAAGAGGGCGAUGGGGAGGAGGACGAAGAUAAGGAGGAGGACGAAGUGGGCGAUGGGGAGGAGGAGGAGGAGGAAGAGGGCGAUGGGGAGGAGGAGGAGGAAGAGGGCGACGGGGAGGAGAGAGUCCACUUACCAGCGAUGGCUGCAGCAGCAGGCCUCCACGAUGAUGGCGACACCAACACUUUGACGAAGAGGACACGGCGAUGGCUACCUGCAGCAGUGAUGGACGAGGGCACGACGAGGGCACGACGAUGGCGACCUGCAGCAGCAAUGGACGAGGCUACGACAAUGGCGUCCUGCAGCAGCGAUGGACGAAGGCACGAAGAUGGCGACCUGUGAGAAGGCGACACACAGUGGAGGGGUGUCACGAGGCCGGAGGGUGGGCUUCUCGAAAUCGAAUUUGAAAAAAGGGGUCCCGAGCGAUCUCCACCCCGC